AUGUGUGUGUGGCUCCACGCUUCUCUUGGGGUGCCACCCCAGCACCGUGGGUGGCUGCGACUGUGGGAGGAGGGCGAGGGCUGCAGCGAGUGCAUCCAACACCUCUGCCCCCCAUUCCCCAACGACUGCCCUGCAGGUCGGGUGCAGGACGACUGUGGAUGCUGUGAACAGUGUGCUAACGUGGAGGGGCAGCAGUGCGACCCGGAUGGGGCUCAGAAGUUCUAUGGCCGCUGUGGAGAGGGCCUGGUCUGCCAGAGGAAAACGCGAAAGGGGGGACACAGGACUGAGCCAGAGCCUACAUGUGUGUGUCAGGAAAAGGGCCCUGUAUGUGGCUCAGAUGGGUGGACCUACCCAAAUAUUUGCCAGAUGAGAGAGGCCGCCAGCCGCCGGAACACAACCCUCAAGCUCAAUGAAAAAGGACCUUGCCACUCUGCUCCUCGUAUCCUUCGAGGCCCAAGAAACCUGUCCAACUACACCGGGAAUGACAUUGUGUUCGGCUGCGAGGUCUCAGCCUACCCUCUUCCAAACCUGAGCUGGAGGAAGACAGGGAGUGACAAUUUCCUGCCAGGAGAUGAUCCUCACAUCUCUGUCCAGGCCCGAGGCGGUCCCCUGCGCUACAUGGUCUCUACCUGGCUUCAGAUACAGCGCCUUCACGUCUCCGACGCCGGGGUCUACUCUUGCAUCUCCCGCAAUGCCUUGGGAGAAACGUCUGCAUCAGCACAGCUCACAGUGUUUAGACAGGUGAAGGGGAUGAAAGGCCACGAUGAGGACGGACAGGAGCACAUUGAUCAUCUGGAGGAGGACAGUGGUGAUGGACAGCUGGCGUCUGGAGAUUACCUGGAAUUAAUUUAA